AUGAGAAGAAAGAAAAGAGCCUCGAAAACAAAAUUGAUUUUUCAUCACAAUCUUCAUUUAUGCGAAUACCUUCACAAGAAUGAUGAAGUAUGGAAAAGCGAUUAUAAGGAACCAAGUAUCUACUUACCUAUGAGUGAUGUGGAGAAGACAAAACGUUCUGAAAAAUCACUCCAACCAUAUCGAUUCCUGUUGAAUGAAAUUUCUCAUGAGAAAUUGGCAAUCAUUAAUCAAGUUAUUAUGAGCCUAGUGAACAGAAAAGCGAUGAGUGUUAUCAUUCGUGCAGCAGAAUAA